AUGCAUUUCCUCCUCCUAGGCGCAACAGGUCGCACUGGCAAGCUUGUUGUAUCCGAACUCCUUGCUCAGAACCACACUGCAACAGCGCUAGUCCGAAACUCAGCUAGCCUCGCUCUCCAACCUGGCAUCACUUUCGUCACUGGCUCUCCACUGUCCAAAGACGACAUACGCAAGGCCAUUCAAGUUAUACCUGGUGUUCUCCCUUCGGCAGCAAUUUUCACCCUCAACACAGUCCGUAAAUCGGAUAGUCCCUUUGCAGCCCAAGUCGGUCCUCCUCGUUUCCUAGCAGAUUCGUGCGCCAAUGCGUAUGAAGUUCUGGAAGAAGCUGGUAUCCACCGAAUUAUCGUCAUGUCGACGGCUGGCGUUGGGGAUACAUGGAAAAAUCUACCAUUGAUUAGCCGCGCCUUUAUGGGGUUGACGAAUAUCAAAUACGCGCUGGAGGAUCACAAUCUGCUGGAUCAAGAAAUUCGAUCAACAAAAAUGGAAUGGACUUUGGUCAGACCUGUCAGACUAGAUCAUGACAGGCUCAUAGGUACCGUUGCAAAGACGACGCUUGCCGUUACCAACUUUACGCGCGAGUGCCGUGAGGCCCGAUCUGACCUCACAUCUAUCAACGGCGAGUUAUCCCAGCUGCAACUCCUUCUAGAGUUACUUAGAGAUGAUACAGCUGUGAGUGAUGACCACAUCUUACCAGAGUCUCUUCAGGGGCAAAUUCUAUCCAUCAUCGAUAAUUGCUCCGCUGUUGUCUCCAAGAUUAACGAUGUUCUUGAUAAACACUCUGGCAAAGCUGGGGUCCUAAAGUGGGUUGCAUUUGGCAAGAAUGAAGUUGUCGGGCUCCGCAUGUCGCUUGAAGCACAUCGUGGGUCCUUGAACUUGGCCUUGGAGUUGGUGUCUAUUUCUUUAUCCAAGGCAAUUAAAGGCGAUACCACAGCCAUCAGAACCGACGUCCACGACAUAAAACAAGAUACCAGUCAGAUUCCCCAAAUAAUGCACGAGUUAACUAGACUGCGAGCUAUUGUUGCUGGCGAUGAGUUUCCGGCGGCAAUCAUCGGACAAAACUAUAUUCUCCAGCAAUAUCUUGACGAUCUCACUUCAUAUGCUGAGACAGUUUGUAACGAUGUUGAGUGGGAGACGGUCAGCAGUGCCCAUACACUUUCUCGCUCCUCGAGUCGGUCAGGCCCACGGGAUGAAUCUUCGAAUCCAGGCAUUCAUCUCGAGAAAAGUACCGAUGCCAGCUCCCAGGUUGCCUCUCAGCCAAAUACUCGCGUCCACGGCGAGAGUGAAAAUACGUGUUUACAGCCCGUUGGGGAUGCCAGUACCGAUGAUAAAUCCCAGAAUACGUCUCAGAUGAGGAAGAAUAUCGUACUCGUUGGAGACGCUGCGUGUGGGAAGACGGCUCUUUGUCACCGUCUUUAUAACGAUUCAUUCUAUUGUGUCGAGGUCCCCACAGUCUAUGAACAAUAUUCUGCCCAUAUAGAUGGCAUUGAUCUUGAACUUUGUGACACUGCAGGCGUGGAAGAUUACGAUAGCCUGAGACCACUCUCGUACGCGGAUGCAGAUGUGGCCUUGAUCUGCUUCGCAAUUGACUCCCCCGAUUCACUCGCAAACGUGAAAGAAAAAUGGAUUUCUGAGGUUUCGCGUUUUGCAUCUGAUGCGCCGUAUAUACUUGUCGGUCUCAAGAAGGACCUUCGUGAUGACUCAGAAACUAUUCAGGAACUCAAGAAGAGCAAUCAGAAGCCCAUUAUAAUCUCCUUCUUUUAA